AUAUUCUGAGGCCUUUCAUCUGAGAAUUUCUUUCUUUUUCAGGAAAGGUUCAUUCCUGUUCUAAAAAUAGUGUUGGUUCGCAUUGUGUGUCAUAUACUGGCAAAUCAAUUAACAGUCUAACUUCCUUAUUUAGAUAAACUCUGUUUCCCCAAAUAGCUUAUGUCGUUGGAUUUUUGUUCAUAGUUAAUUCUUUAAGAUCAAAGAUGAAAGUGAUAUUUUGGAUAACAAUUGCACUCCUACCCAUGGUGUCAUUCGGAAAAACACAAAUGUUGACAACAGAGCACCCAAUGGUGUGGCAUGAUGCGGACAAGAUUUGUCACAAGAAAUUUAAUGGGACCGGGUACAGGCAUCUGGCGGGUGAUAUACCAGACACGACCAUGUUCUAUAGCCUUCAGGUGAUAAAGGACUACGAGAGUUUCUGGCUUGACAAUAUUGCUUAUGACCUGGGAUGUAGAGAUGGAAUAUGUUCUCAUGUAAUAGAAAGACAUCGACGAUUCCUCAGCCACGAUGAUCUACCCUAUCUUUGUCAAGAUGCGAACGGAGAAGUAACUAUACGAAAAUACUGUGGAUGGAACAGCAAUAUUCUCAACGUCACUUAUUCUAUGAUUGGGAAAUUACGACAGGAAAUCUCAAGAUUUUUAGCCGGAGAAGAAUUUAUCGUCAACAGCAUUGCUUUAAAUUCAACAGAAGUCAAAUGCACAAUGGCAAGGAAGCAUGGACAAGAAUUUCGGAGGAUGUACACAAAAUGUAACGAAUUCCACAAAGCCCUUUGUGAGCAUGAUACAAGUUAUUCGAUAAUGGUUUCCACAGUUGAAUAUAGAGAAAUUAAAAGGGAAUACCAAAUCAUUUUUACUCCACAUUCUGCUGAGUCAUGGAAUUCAAUGAAAGACAGAGAAGAGGAUUCAACAGAUUCCACAGGGUUUCAGGAAAUAAUCUGGACAAGUUUAUCUAUUGCUGUGGUCGUAAUGGCAUUUUCUGUCUGCAUAGGAGGCAUAAUUUUCUGCAAAAGAAAGAAUAUAAAAAUGGACAGUGUUUAUGACACCAUAUUUAUGCGUCCACGGGGUGGAGGAAAUCGUUAUACUAUUCGUAUCCCAACCGACCCAAACUCACCUAUAUCUGAGCCAGCAAACCAUCUGCUUCCGACAUCUCAAUCCGUAGUUAGAAACCCCACACCAACUGCACCGACAACCAGAAACCCUACAUCUCCACCAAGAGUCGACAGUGUACAGACACUAGCGUCAUCUACUCUAUCAUCAGCAGAUACAUCUUCAUCGUAUGUGGACGAUGUUCGUUAUUACAGAAAUUUUUCAUAUGAGACUCCACCAAGUGUAGCCCCGUCAGAGGCUCCUAGGAUUGAAAUUCAGCCAAGUGCACCAGCUGCUUCAACGUCCGGUUCAACAUCUGGACGACUUUACUGUUCAUCUUGCAGAAGACACAGAAGAAGGCGUGAUUUUCAACGAACGUCCUCAAACUGCACGAGUUGUUCCUCAGUGCACUCUGCAUACACACAACCUUCAUCGAGGUUAGCAGAGAGAAAUGUUUCACUUGAUACAAAUGAUUCGUCUUCCUUAAGAUCACAACGAUCAUCAAGAGACACAAAUGAUACAAACUCUAUGAGGUCGCACCGAUCACAUCGUUCCAAAAGAAGCCAUCAUCAUGGUUUAUCAAAGAAGUCUCGCCACAAGGUGGAAGAAGAAUAUUUUGAUACUGGUCAGAUAGCAACACCAGGACCCUCAACUGAAACUGGACACGAGAGCGGAGGAUCUAACAAUUUACUCAGAAAACACAAAUUAGUGGAUCGGAUACAAACGUCAAGCGGCUUCAGAAUGGUUAAAAGGAUGUUUUCAGUUGAUUUAAAGUAAUGGAACAAGAAAUACCGACGCUAACUGCGAAGUAAUUUGAAAUGGAAGAUGAAGACUCGAAUUCUCUGUAAAAGUGUGUUCUCGUAGAUUCUUUUAAGAUACAUGCUCAUAAAAUUAGUAAAUAAGAAAACCUACCCUAGUAAAG